GCUCGCUCGCACCAAGAAAUACAUACAUACCACAGCCCUACUGCACUCUCUCCGGUUGAUCCAUCGGCCUCGAGGUGGGAUCCAGCGGCAGCCAGCGGCGUCAAACAGGAUCGGCACGAGGAGAAAUCGUGAGGUUCGGUUGUUGCGCGGCGCGAUGGGCGUGCUCUUCUCGUGUCCCGUGGAGGACGACGGCGAAUGCGGCCUCGUCGCGGCGGCGGCGGCGGCGGAGGAGCAGCAGCAGGCGACGUUCCUCAAGGCCUCGCUCGGCUCCGGCAAGCUCCGGAUCGAGGGCUCCCUCAGCUUCAAGCGGCUCCAGCUGGUGGAGCCCAAGAUCCCCGUCGCCACGCCCGACGCGGUCACCGCGCCGGUGCCCGUGCCGGUGCCGAUGCCGAGGGAGCUCCUCCGGACGCGGUUCGCCGACGCGGCGGUGGCGGCGUCGGCGGCGCCGCCGGAGAGCCCCAAGCACGAGGCGGCUGCGGUGACGCUGCAGAAGGUGUACAAGAGCUUCCGGACGCGGCGCCGGCUCGCCGACUGCGCCGUGCUCGUGGAGCAGAACUGGUGGGAGCUGCUGGACUUCGCGCUGCUCAAGCGCAGCUCCGUCUCAUUCUUCGACAUCGAGAGGCAGGAGACCGCCGUGUCCAAGUGGGCGCGCGCCAGGACCAGGGCCGCCAAAGUCGGAAAGGGGCUCUCCAAGGAUGAGAAGGCUCGGAAGCUCGCAUUGCAGCACUGGCUUGAAGCUAUCGACCCACGACACCGCUACGGCCACAACCUUCACUACUACUACGACUGCUGGCUGAGGUGCGAAAGCAGGGAGCCUUUCUUCUACUGGCUCGACAUCGGAGAGGGCAAGGAGAUCAACCUCGAGGAGCGGUGCCCGCGGUCGAAGCUUCUCAGCCAGUGCAUCAAGUAUCUUGGUCCGAAAGAGAGAGAGGAAUAUGAGGUUGUGAUUGAGGAUGGCAAGUUUAUGUACAAGAACAGCAGGCAAAUCCUCGACACGUCCGGCGGUCCGAGGGACGCAAAGUGGAUCUUUGUGCUGAGCACAUCCAGGAAUCUGUAUGUCGGGCAGAAGAAAAAGGGCACAUUUCAGCAUUCUAGCUUUCUCGCCGGAGGCGCCGCGUCUGCUGCGGGGCGACUAGUUGUCGAAGAUGGAGUUCUGAAGGCUAUCUGGCCUCACAGUGGGCACUACCGCCCCACGGAAGAGAACUUCCAGGAAUUCCAGGACUUCCUCAGAGAGAACAAGGUUGAUCUCACCGAUGUUAAGAUGAGCCCAACUGAAGAGGAUGAGGAGUUUUGGAGCAGGCUCAGAAGCAUCCCUUCUGAGCGGUGCACAGAUGCCGACAAACCCGAAGAAGAAAUGGUUCCUGCUGCAGAAACCAUCCCUUGCCAGGCACCUCAGGUCACUGAAACCACACCUGAAAAUGUCAUCCAACUCCAAGAAACAAACAAAGAUCAUAGCCAACCGGAGAUAUUCACAAGGCUGGAUUCAUCGAAAGGCGCCGUAAACAUCGAAAACUCAACAACUUCCAUGCCUGAAGAUCAUGAGGAAGACAGCGAUGAUGAUCAUUCGGUGGUGCCAAGGGAGAAGGUCAUUGGGAGGGUCAACUCAUAUCAGCUGGGGAAGCAAGGGUCCUUCAAGUGGACCACCGGCGCCGGGCCCCGGAUCAUUUGCGUCAGGGACUACCCGCCGGAGCUCCAGCACCGGGCGCUGGAGGAGGUGCACCUGUCCCCGAGGAGGAGCGGCAGGCCGACGUCGAGGUUCUCGUCGCCGCAGAGGGGCGGCAGCCCGAUGUCGAGAGGGUGUGAACCGCUGACGCCGAGAGAGGCGUUCCAUGCCACGCAUCUGCAGCAAGGAUUGCUGAUCAGUUUAUGAUGAACGAGCUAUUCUUGUUCAUCAGUUGUGCAUAUGGAUAGAGGAAUAAAGUCACCUAUUGGGAGUAAAAAGAAGUACUCCUUGUGUAGAUCUUGUAGUGAUGUAUGUAUACGUGAUGUUCAAAUUGGACACAAGUACAGAGAUCAAUACAAAUUCUUUCAUUCUUUGGUCUUU